AUGGCCAAGUUCACCCCUGAGGAGGUGGCGGCUCUGCAGCAAGGCGGCAACCAGCGGUCCACUCCCUCCCUCAACCCCAUGCGCGAUCACCUCUCGUCUUCUCCCCAUGCCCUAUCACCCUUUCCGCCACUCCUGUCUCUCAUCACCCUUCUGCUUCCCCGCACGCAUGAUCAAUUCUUCCCUUUCCCCAGUGACCCAAAUCGGCUAAGGGAGUUCGUGCGUUCAGUCUACGUGGAGAGGCGCUACGUGGCCAGCAGGGACCCGCACGCCGCUGCUGCGCCACCUACGCGCGCGCAGUCCCCUUCCCCCUCCCCUUCCCCCGACCUCCCCCCAGCCUCCGCCUCCUCCCCGCAGUUCGCCCCCUCGUCCCAGCACAACGAUCACACCCGUUUAUCUUCUGACGCUAGAGCUAUGCGGGCGUCUGCUGACGGGUAUGGUGGUGCUAGUGGGGCGAGCAGAGGUCCGGGCAGAGGCGCGGGAGGUAGCAGAGGCAGCGACAGGGAGAGAGACAGGGAGAGAGACAGGGAGAGGGAGAGGGGGAGAGAGAGGGAUGGCUUGAGGAAGAGCGGGAUUAGUAGCGGCAGUGCAGGCGGGCAGUCCAGGCCCAGCGGAGGUAGCGGGGGUGGAGGCGGGAGCAGAGGGCGAGGAGGAGGGGCGCAGGGCGUGCAGGCUGUGAGUGUGCCUGUGAGUCAGGUGCUAGGGCGGGAUGUGGAGCUGAAGGUGUAUGCAGAAGGGGAGGAGGGCGCGGUGGGGAAUGGCGUGAAUGGGGGGCACGGGGGGCGGGGGGAGGAGCAGGGAGGAGCGCCUGGAAGCCCUGGUUCCAUUGCUUCCUCUGCGGCAUCGCGCAAGGCAGCAGACGCCCACCCUCCAACGCCCGAGAGCAAGCUCAACCCUUCCUCCACUGCUGCCGUUGCCACGGCCAGCCUCAUAGACUUCUCCUUUGACGACCCCACUACUGCACCAAGCACCACUGUCACAUCUGCUGCACCAGCAGCACCCGCAGCAGACCCCUUUGGGCUUGCAGAUCUGCUCGCGCCUGCCCCCGCUGCCCCUGAUCCCACCCAAGGCAUUGGCGCUGCAGGUAUGGGCGCUGGAGGUAUGGGAGGUUUGGACCCUGCAGGUAUGGGCGCUGCUCCGGCCGGGCCUGCGUUAGGGGCUCAGUUCCCUGGUGGCGCUCAGCUGUUUGGGGAUCAGGCCUUUGGGGGCGAGCCGCUGCCAGGCCAGCAGUUUGGGGCGCCGCCGCCUGUGGGAGGCCAGGCGUUUGGAGGGCAGCCGUUUGCAGGGCAGGGGUAUGGAGGUCAGCUGUUUGCAGCGCCCAUGCCUGGGGGGGCUUUGCCUGCUGCUGGAGUGCCUGCUGCGCCUGGUGGGGCGGAGUUUGGUGCGGUGCAGAACUCCGGUGACUUCUUCACCAACCUCCUCCCAGCGCCUACAGUUAAAAACGACCUGCCCUAUCUUGGCGGCUAUGCCGCCCCUCCUGCCCCCGCCCCUGCUGUCACCGAUACAAGCACACUCGCUUUUGGAUCACCCGGAACAGUGGCUGCUGCAGCUUCAGCUUAUGGGGCAUACGGGCAGCCUCCCAUGUCCGCUUUGGGUCUGCCGCCCCAAGCCAUGGACAUGCCGCCCUAUCAAAUGGCAGGAGCCGCUACAGGACAAGCCAUGCCAUCCGCCUAUGAUCAAUUCCUUUCCACCACAGCAGCCGCCCCUCCUCCUUUCCCCGGUGCCCCUGGCGCUGCUGGUGGUGGUCCAUUCUCCAUGGACCCAUUGGCUGCUGCUCUUCCUGGUGGUUAUUUCGCUGCCACUGGCGCCGCGGCUGCCCCGUUUCAGUCCCCUCAGCAGCAGAAUGCUACAGCCACCCCAUUCCCACACGCACCAGACCUCUCCCCCCAACCCUCCGCCUUCUCCCCCUCCACUCCUCCUCAACCCUCCGAUCCGUUCGGUGCACCACACCCCGUUCAAACCUCCUCGCCUGGUCUGGCCGGACCUGCUGGUGGGUUCGGAGGUGCCACGCCUGGAGGGGGCGUGAGUGUUUCUGCUGACCUCUUCGGGGCUGGUUUCGGAACGCUGAAAUCCGCCAUGGCAGACGAGGCGAAGAGCGUUCCGUCGAGUUCUUUCUCGAUCGCGGAGGCGCGCAAGUGGGUGGUGGAGAAUAAGCUACGCACGGUGGGCGGGCUGUGGGCCAGCGGAAUCGCAGGGUCGGUGCUGUACAACAUGCGGAAACCCGGCGAGAAGAUGAGCGUCAAGAUCAUCCACGCGAGGUUGCACGCGCAGGCUUUCACGUUGGCUGCGCUGAUCGCUGCUGCUGGCGUGGAGUAUUGGGAGCGCUCAUCCAACCCUUCUACGAAAGAGGCGCGACAUCCGUUGUAA